GACAUAUACAGUAGAGGUCAAUCGUAGAGGUCAAUUAGAUAGAGUGGUAUCUACAGAGCUGGCAGUGACAGAAAACGAAACAUGAAAGUACUCGUCCUAAUUGCAGUCUGUGUAGGAAUAGCCGUCUGUGAACAUUGUACAGAGACGAAUUCCUGUCGCCAUACUACGUGCGAUUCCAGUAGUCAGCUACACUGUGUUAAUAACUUUUGCACAUGUACCGUAGCCACUUCAUGGGAUUGCAACGACGUAAAUACUUGCCUAGCGAUAAACGCCUGGAACUGCCCUCAGAGCAGACGACACUGCAUCGACCAAAGGUGCAGAUGUACCCAAGUCUGAUUCUGCCUACAACAAAAUAAAAUUAUGGCAUUUUA